GAGAAAUUUUGCAGGAAAAUUUCUGAGUUUCCACCACUACUAUCCUUCAUAGAGCCAAAAACAUUUCUCUCUCUUCUUUCUCUCUCUCUCCUCACACGCAGAAAUCGAAAGGAAAAAAUGGGGUUCUUUUCAUUUCUCGGCAGAGUGCUCUUCGCUUCGAUAUUCAUCCUCUCUGCAUGGCAAAUGUUCAAUGAAUUUGGGGAUGAUGGUGGGCCAACAACGAAAGAAUGGGCUCCGAAAUUAGCUACUCUCAAGAAGUCCAUCGAUGAAAUAAUCGGGAAAAACAUUUUUCACCUUGAUGCUAGGACUUUCGUUGCCACCUGUAUUUCUUUGAAGGGAUUAGGCGGUCUUCUAUUUGUGCUUGGCAGUAGCUAUGGUGCUUUUCUUCUGAUAUCUUACUUGGUAUUGACCACUCCCAUGUUGUAUGACUUCUACAACUAUAGCUUCGGUGAAGAAGAAUUCUUCAGCCUCUUACAGGAGUUCCUUCAGUGUGCUGCACUUGUUGGGGCAUUGUUGUUUUUCCUGGGGAUGAAGAACUCUUUAUCAAGAAAGCAACCCAGGAAGAAGACCCUCAAACCAAAGGCAGCUUGAAAGAAAUGGAAUCGAAAAUACGAGGUCUAGGGGUAGUUUUUUUACGGGUGUAUUUCGGGUAAAAGAAGAUUUUGUAUUUGGUGCAGAUCAGCAUUUUGAAAACCUUGUAUUAAAUGUCAGCUUCCAAUUGAUAUUUCCCAAUUCCCAUAAUUCUUUAGUUGAUGACUGAUUUGUUUCGAAUUUUAGCCGAACGAAACCAUUAAUUUAGCAAUUUGUUCAGAGAUGUUUGGUAUUAUUCUAUGUCUUAAUUUUUU